UGACUGGCCACUCAUCGGCCUUUGAAAUUGGCCCCUGCCCCGGUUGACCCCUCUCAUCGUGGGUGUGAUAUUAACGGUGGACGGCUCGCCCCUCCAUGCCGCACGACCGGCCAUGAGUGGACGAUUGGCCCAGCCCGUCCCGGCCCCGCCUCCCCGAGCCCCGCUCCCACCCCCGCCCAUCAUUCUCUCCUCAGAUGAAGCCCCCGAUACGGGCGAGGAGAGCGAUGAGGACCUCAUCACCAGUUACUUGGGCGGAGGCGGUGGGGGGCCGGCCAGCCCAGCCACCCGCCUACCCGCCUUUCCCGAUGUAUUACCCCACCACGCCCCGUCCGGCGACCCGCCGCAUCACAUUUUGGCCGACAAUCUGCUCCAGUUGGCCGAGAUUCAUGAAAACAUUCAACGGAUGCGACUAGCCAACACGGAGGGUCCCAGUCGACCGCCGCGAUCGCACCGCGCUCCACGCCCCGAGUCGCUGCAUCAGCGAUGGUCCACCUCGUGCCCCGCCUUAAACCAUGAGGCCGCGCUCGAUGUUGUCGGUGGGGCCGUACCCGCCGGCAGUUUCGACAGCGGGCCCUCGCCCGAGUCGCCGUCUCAUCCGGUGCCUUACUAUUCGACCACCACGCCCACCUCCUCGACCAGUCACACCGGGCGCUCGCACCGGAAACGCUGGCCGGGGGCCUGGUCGUCCGGUUCCACCACCGAAGGCCCCAAGCAUCGGGGCAAAACCCGCCCGGGUCGACCUCGGAGCUACUCCGCGUCCAGUAAUGACUCGGACGAUCCGUUCGGUCAACCAUCGGGCGAUUACGUCGACGGCUGUUUGGGCGGCGGCCACGGCUCGCAACCCCGUCUGCGUUCCGCCUCCACCGUGGCCACUACCCGAGGUAGUUUGGGUAAUGAAUCCAACUACGGUGGCCCGCCAUCGGGUCCGUCCAGUCAUCGAACCCCGGAGAAGUUGUUACCCAGACCACCGGUUGGCACUCGUUACACGCCCAAUAUUUUCUCACAGUUCCCCGGGUUGCAUAAAUCCAUCUCCACGCCCUCCAUUGCAACGGACCAUCCUCACAGUCGAAGUGCUCAUCGAAAAGGACGCGACUACCCCGAGCCCACGCAUGUGUUCUUGCAGAAAUUGAUUUCGGAACACGAAUGGACCCGACGUAGCGGAAGCGAUAGUGAUAGUGAUGACGAGCCUCAAGGGCCGCCCCCUAGCGGGUUACUGCCCGAAAUCGAGGGGCGACGUCAACAUCAUAGAGUCCCCUUCCCCCUGGAACCAUCCGUUCCAGCUGCUCACCCCUCAGUUCAGCCCGCUCCUUCCCCACAGAUUUCCUUGGCCGAGUUCUUGCAGGAUGUGCCCAAUCUAGAAGACGACGACCAACGGAAGCGGCGUCGGAAGAAGGAACGGUCAAGCAUCUUCUUCCGUAAGAAGAAAGACAAAUCAAAAUCUGCAUCCGCCUCCCUCCAAACCCAACCUGAUGGCCACUUGAAGAGCCUAGCCAAGGCUCCGUCGGCUAUAAGUUUGUCCACGAAACCAUUGCAGACCCGGGUGCCUCAACAUAGUUACAGCAUGUCCAGUUUACGGAAGCCCUCGUCGCACAAUCAUUAUGCGGGCAAUUUCUAUCAUGCCAGGGGUGAAAUGAGUAAGGUAAAUCACGAGGACCGCGAUGAUUAUGGAGUCCAAGAAGACACCACUGGACUUAUUGAGGGUGAAUAUGUGCCUGGAGAGGAAUUUUCCGAAGGUGGACCCGCUGCUAUUCGGAAUUUGGAAACAGAUCCCUUUCUCAGGAUUCAGGAUGAAGAAGCCGAAUCAUGGCAGCAAGCCUGGAAAUCCCAAGACCUUCAAGGUCUCACUCCGACCCAAAUCAAGCGGCAAGAACACAUCUAUGAGCUAAUCGUCACCGAAAGCAACCAUUGUCAAGUACUGAAGGUUAUCCAAAAGAUAUUUGUGGAAGGGAUGUACAAAUACCUGAACAUACCUCCCGAGAUUGUGGAUCGGAUCUUUCCGUGCAUUGAAGAGCUAAUUGAGAUCCACUUUAAGUUCUUGGAGCAACUUCGAAUACGACAAAAUGCUCAACCAGUGGUAGAAAGUGUGGCCGACUUGCUCUUGGAGCAAUUCGCCGGGGAAUCCUCAAAACUUUGGAAAGAGGCUUAUGGCACAUUUUGUAGCCAACAUAGUGAUGCUGUGUCCUUAUAUAAGGACAUUUACAAAAGUGAUCGUCGAUUCCAACAAUUUAUUCGCCAUUGUGCCAACAACCCCUUACUGAAGAAGAAAGGCAUCCCCGAGUGCAUUCUAUUUGUGACCACACGGAUCACCAAAUACCCUCUCCUCAUCGAACCUCUCAUCAAAACAGCCCGGGAUCUUCCCCAAGAACAACAAAAGCUCCGCGAUGCUAGUUUAUUUGUCAGGGACAUUCUCAAAGACGUGAAUGCGAAAGUGGCCGAAAAAGAGCGAGAGCAGCGAUUCCUCGAGAUCUAUAAAGGGAUUGAUGCCAAAUCGUGGGUGCUCUAUCAAGGCAAGAAAUUCAAGAAGUCUGAUAUCCUCUCUGAAUCGAGGAAGCUCAUGUUCGAAGGACUAGCUGUGCUUCAUCAAGGCCGUGGUCGAAGCCUUUCGGUGACCGUGGUCGUGCUUUCAGAUAUCCUCUUUUUUCUCCAAGAGAACAGUCAGAAAUAUCACUUCACCACACCCGAGGGAAAGCCCGGGGUUAUUCCCGUUCACACCUUGAUCGCACGCGAGAAGACCGGUCCAAGUACAAAGGCGUUGUAUUUGAUCUCAACGUCUGAGCGCGAUCCGGAAAUGUUCGAGCUGGAGAUUCAACAACCACCCACCAGAGAUGACUGGAUCACUGGUAUUCGCGAGGCAGUGGAUGCUUGCUCGUAUGGGUCGGAUUCCGAGGGAGGCGUAAGCUCCAAUGUCCUAGAAGCGAGGCGUAAUGUCGAGGCCAAGUACAUGAGGAUGCGUCAUCUGACGGCUGAACUUCGUGGUAAAGAUAUUGAGCUCGCACGUCUGCUCGAGGACAAAAUGCGGGUCAUGGGUGAUAUGCUCGUCGUCUUGGGCACCCCUAACCCGUUCAAGGACAGCCCUCCGGAUUAUUUAAGCUUGGUACGCGAAAAGGAUUCGCAUUGCACCAAGGAAGAUCUGCUCAACGCUGUUCAAGAGGCGAGUCGUCUAGCUAGCUCGUUGUACUCGUCGGGUUCAAAUCUCUCUCGGAGUGUCAGCUCGGCGGGUGAAAAGCAUAGUGUGACCUAUGCCUCGCCUACUCUUCCCAAACGGGCAGAGACCUUCGGAGGAUUUGAUCAACAACAGCCAACGCUCCCGAUGGGUUUGAUCCAGCAACCUCCUGAAUCGCUCCCGGCUCAAAGUCAGGAGUCCCUGAGGUCUUCCAAGCCGGACGAAGCCAAUCCAUGGCGUGGCUUGCCCUCUGUUCCUCCCUUGUUGAAUCUGGAAGCCGAGCAACAAGAGGCUGCUGUCCAAAUCACGCACUAUCUGAAUAGUUUGAUGUGCAUGGUCUCCGAACAUUUUACCAGCCUAGAGAGCAUGAAAGCCGAAAUAUCCGAGAUCCGAGAUCGAUCAUCCGUGAUGGGUGGUCGCUAUAAACAUAAUCAACAAUUGGAGGAGCUCAGAAAUCUUCAAGAUCGAAUGGUUCAUGAGAAACGUGCAUGGCAGAAGGAAAAGGAAGCCAUGGAGAUGGAAAUGGAAUCGAAAAAGAAGCAAAUGGCAAAAACUCAGGCCGAAAUUGAUCGUGGGCUGAAGGAUGUCAAGGAGCAACGUGAUCAGCUCUACCGCAAACUUGACCUGCUCAAAGGGCAAGGCAUCGAGAUCAUGGGUCCAAAUAUGUCCGUCCUCAAAACCGAACCACCGCCCAACCAAUCUAGCCACCAUCAAGCCGAUGUGUUGUUCUACUCGGAGGUGUCUUCGGCCGAAAACACUUUCCCCAGAAUGAAUAGUGCCUCGUCGGCCUCGUUUCGAUCCACGGGGAACUCCAUGGUGCACCUGAAUGCGGCCGUAUCGAAUCCGUCGCUGGUGGCCAAUUCAGUGGGAUCGGGUGGAAGCCUCACCAAGAAGGAUCUGAUUGGCGGCCAUUCGAACCUCGCUCAUGAAGGAAAGGGCGACAAAUCCGAAAUCAAACAACAAAUCCCGGUCAAACUGAGUUCCAAACUCUCGGUUCAAGGAGGCUCUUCUAAGGAGAAGGGUACCAAAAAGAUGUCCUCCGUCGCAAAUUUGGGCAAGCAAAAUUCUUUGGCCAGUUCCUCUCUUCUGAGCACAUCCAUGGGCAAUAUCGCCAAACCGAUUGUUGAGGGUGGUGUGCAACAAAUCUUGCCUUUCAAACUGAGUGAGAAGAACCUGGGUUCAUCAUCCAGUAAUUCAUCGGAACGCAGAACCAGUCCCAAACCUGGCUACCAAAAGCUCACUUCCGUGCCAAGUCCCCCAUCUAGCCAAGAUCCAGGUGGAGGAGGACCUCCAAUUGAAAUCUCCCACCAGCGUACGGGAAGCUCUCCGGCUCAAAUGAAUCCUCCCCCUCGAACCACCUCGAGUAAUUCGGGGAGUGGCACGACGAGCAAUAACACCCUUCCUAAAGUGUCCUCGGGCCAGAAGAUCGACUACAACGAAGAUCAGGUCAUGUACUUCUGACCGAUCGAUUCUCAUCAUCAUCCUCAUCACCACCACCCGGAACUGUGAUUUUGCGAUAUCUUCCAAAUAUCUGUCUGUUUGUAUCACCUAUCCUUCGUUUCGAUGUCCGGUUGUGUUCAGUCAUCAUCACCAUGAUCAUUGCCAAGUUUUAAGUUCACCAUUCGUACUUGCUGCUGACUCUCUCGUUUCUUGGGGAUCGACGAUCAGACUUCAAAGAAAGCAGCACCCUGGAAUUCAUGACCAACUCUCAACAAAUCGAACUAACCAUCUGCUAGGUAAUUCACGACUGCUCAUACCUGCGGUUCCUUAUAUACUUUAUAUAAAAUCAUUAUUAUUAUUGUAAUAGUAAUUGAUCACCUUUUACCAUUUGACCUUGGAUCAAGGCCUCUACGUUAAUCCACCUACCGCUCAAAAAAAGUACGAGUAGUUGCCACAGAAUAAAAACAUUUACAUACACGGA